AUGUGGACAAAGCCCAAGCUGUCGCCGACUACCAACGAGAUCCCUACUGGGGCCGACCCGCUCUCGCCAACGACCUUGUCGUCCCGCCAGCGGAACCCGGGCCGGCGAUUUGCGCAGAUCGUCAAGCUCAAGCCCGAGUUUCAGGAGGAAUACAAGCAGGCCCACGCAAAAGUUUGGCCCGAUGUGCUCAAGCAGAUAAAGGAGUGCAACAUCGUCGACUACAGCAUUUUCCACGACCCACAGACAAACAUCUUGUUUGCGUCAUUCAAGUACGUCGGAUAUGACUACCAGGGCGACAUGGAGAAGAUGCGCGAGAACGAAAAGGUACGUGAGUGGUGGAAGAUGACGGACGGAUGGCAGGAGAGCAUGGUGCCUGGCGCCAAGAGCAGCGAGGCGGGCGAGCCGGGAUGGUGGAAGCCUGUCGAGGAGGUUUUUUACACGGCAUAG